AUGAAGUUGCUCAACACUGUACUCAGAGAAAUCCUUCUGUUUCUUGAAUUCAAAGACAUUGUCAAUUCCAACUUGGCCUUUGUCAACAAACAGUUCUUCCACAACAUCGUGCAAGACACAGAGCUGCUCAGGAGGAUGCUUGACAUUGCAAUUCCGCUAGUGAAGGAUUAUGCCAGACAAGAACAGUACUAUGCUUCGGUCACUUCGAAGAUACUGAGACUGAAGCAUCAGCAUCUGAACGGAGAUGAAGAAUUCAAAGAAUCAAAUAUACCAUUCAAAAGAUUGUUUGAGUUUUGUGCAAAAGAUCUUGCUGAAUUUAUGCUCAAAAUUAACAAGCAAGAACAUCUUAAGCAAUUAGUUUGCACUCAAAGAACAACAGGUGGAGCUGAAACUUUUGAUGAUCAGUGCUUGCGUGCUUUCUUAGAGACAGAGUCCAUUUACUAUUCAAACGAUGAGGAUACGUACACAAAUGGAGUUUUUUGAGUAACAGGGAUCCCUCUGGAGCAAGAUCUAAUAAAUGAAACCAAAGCCAAGGAAUUGUUCAUUAAAGUCUUGAACAUCCAAUACGAGAUAGGAGAUAUCAAAACAGAGGAAGAAGGCAAGCAAGAGGAUUAUUCAAGAUGGGCCAAAGUUAAUGAAAUUAGAGUGCAGGACCUUCACAAGAACGAUACUGAAUGCGAACCUGCUGAACUUUUCAACCGUUGGUACAGAAACAGACUUAUGUAUAAUAUCAGAAAGGAAGAGAUAAAGGAAGAGGAUUGCAAUAUUGAAUAUGACAUAUCAGUGCACCAAGAAAUCAUGAAAGACUCACUUUUCUAUUGGAGCCAAUUCCAUGUGAUGGAGACAAGAAGAGCUACUUGUCCGAUUGAAACCUUAGCUAUUUUUACACAUGAUUAUCCCAUUAAAACUGAAUGCCAUCCUUUGGUACACAUCAUCAAGGACUUAUAUUGUAAAAGCAAAAGAGAGCUGGAUUCACCGGCACCAAGAAGUAUAUUUUACAGUGGUCUUGAAGUGAAAUCCACAUUUUGAGAUGUCCAAAGUUUUAUUCAAACUCUUGAUAUGAUCGCUAAAUUAGGUUUGAUCCCCAACAUCAUUGACACACAGGAGAAGUCUAUAGAGUUUGAGCAGGAUUUUUAUUCAGCAAAAUUUCAAAAUACAGACCAAGAAUCAUCAAUCAGCACUGAGUGUCUUGAGAAAGCUAUUUCAGACAUUGACUGUGACAACAAGUACAUGGAAAUGCUAGAUGGGUUAGAGUCUAAAGAUGACUUCUUCAGACUCAGAUUGUCAGCCAUUGCCUUUAAUCUUGAUACAUACACAAAUUCACACACAUUUUCAAUGAAGGAAAUAAAAUUUGGGCGAUUCGUGACUGUAUUAGCUCUCGACAAAAAAGUUAGAAUGCUAUAUGGCGGUGUCAACAUCGACAUUGGAGGAGUCUUGUUCUCAGGAAAUUUCUUGCCCAGCAUGAUACAGCCAGUUCCAUAA